UUUUUUCCCUUUUUCCAAAUAUACUUCGCCACUGCAACGCAAAGGACGAAGAACUCGAGUCAAGUCGCCGACUUUUGGAGUUCUCCUCGCCCCAGCUCGGGUUGGGUACUGGUUCCUUCCCUCCGGAUCAAUCUUGCUUCUUGCGCUCACCCAACCUAGUAAUUUUUUCCUCUCCCGAUUUGUUUAAUGCUAAUCUAGGUGGUUGAUGAUGCUUGCGAGCCAGGCAUUGAUUCGGCUUUAAGCUUGCCUGCUUGCUUCGCCGUCUUGUUCUUUGAGUUCUUGGUUUUCAUGGAUCCUUGAUCCGAUUUAGGGGUUGCUGCUGCUAGCCGUGGUUGGUGAGACGGUUCUUGGAGAAGGGGGAUUUCUUGAGGUGCUUUUCUGGGAGGUGUAACCAACUAAAUUCCUAUGCUACCUUCUGGUUGAUGGCCGUCCCUCCUGUUGAAUCAGAAACAAGAAGUGAAGAAACAGAUAAUUUCCCUUUACUUGCAGACCACAUGGAAAAUACUGGACAUCAUGCACAUGCAGUUGAUAUCCCAUGGGAUUCUUCACCAUCGACAUCUCGCCGAGAUAAUCAUAAUGGAUUUGAUCAAUUACCUCGUAUCUUAGAAGGUUCUCCUGGGACAUCUACUCCAUCUAACUCUCAGAAUGGUCCUCUAGCAAGAAGAGAUGAUAAUCGUGGUCGUCGUCAGCCUAGUCCCUUGAAUUCUGGUUGCUGGAUCUCAGUUGAGCUAGUUGUAAAUGUUAGCCAGAUCAUAGCAGCUAUUUGUGUUCUGUCAGUAUCAAGGAAUGAGCAUCCACACUCUCCGUUAUUUGAGUGGGUCAUUGGUUAUACAGUAGGUUGUACUGCCACGCUGCCUCAUCUUUACUGGCGCUAUCUCCAUCGCAACCUCCCAACCACUGGGCAAGAGCCAACAGUUCAGAAUAUCCCUCCAAACAACACCCCUGAAGCUAAUUCAUAUGGAGUAACCGGCACAAAUGGAGUCUCAAGAAACAAUGAGGCAACAGUAAAUCCAAGGUUCCAAGCUUUUGCUGAUCACUUCAAAAUGGCUCUGGACUGUUUCUUUGCUGUGUGGUUCGUUGUGGGAAAUGUAUGGGUAUUUGGUGGACAUUCUUCUGCUCACGACGCGCCCAACUUGUACAGGUUGUGUAUUGCCUUCCUCACAUUCAGCUGCAUCGGCUAUGCUAUGCCUUUCAUCCUCUGCGCAUUGAUAUGUUGCUGCCUACCCUGCAUAAUCUCUAUCUUGGGAUUUCGGGAAGAUCUAAACCAAAACAGAGGAGCUAGUGCGGAAACAAUCAAUGCCUUGGGAACAUGCAAGUUCAAGUCAAAGAAAACUCGUGAUGGAGAUGGAAACGAAGUUGGUGUCGGUGUUGUGGCUGCUGGAACAAACAAGGAGCGAGUCAUUUCUGCAGAAGAUGCUGUCUGCUGCAUCUGCUUGGCCAGAUAUGUCGAUAACGAUGAUCUCCGAGAGCUCCCUUGUGCGCACUUCUUCCACAAGGAUUGUGUGGACAAAUGGCUCAAGAUAAACGCGCUGUGCCCCCUUUGCAAGGCUGAGAUAGAUGGUGUCUCCACAAGUGCUCCAGCCAUUGGCUUUGGGCGUCGCCACAGCGACAACAGGGUAGGAAACGACAUUGAAUCACAACUAUAACUCUCUUCCCACUUCGUUGGCAGCGUGGAUCACGCCUUUGAUGAGGCCUUCCACACAUCAACCUGUAAAUUAUAGAGGUAGACAUCAAGAUGUAAAGGGUCCUCUUACGAUCCAACAAAGUUCUUUUCUGAAUGACUACUGCCUCCACUGUCAGUAUAUAUUGCUUCCAGCAUUUGUUUCUUCUCAAAUGUAGUCGCCUUCUGCUUGAUUAUAAGCCCUGAUAGGGCCAGUAGCAGCACAAAGCUUACCAGGGAUGAUAA